CAGCGGGAGCAGACAGAGGAGCAGAUGGCUGAGUACGCAGGGCGGACCUCACUGGUGAUGGACUUUCUUGCCCAUGGGGAGGCUGCCCUGAAAAUCCACAAGGUCCGAGUUUCUGACAAUGGAGUGUAUAACUGCUUCUUCAAGAUGGGCAGCUUCUUUGAAGAGGCCAGCUUGGAACUGCAGGUGGCAGGGGUGGGCUCUGCCCCUCAAGUGCACAUCCAGGGCCCGGAAGAGGAUGGCGUCCGUGUGGUAUGCAGGGCCUCCAGGUGGUUCCCAAAGCCCCAGGUUCAGUGCCGAGACGUCAGUGGGAAGAUCUUGGCAUUCUCUGAGGCCCACACGCAAGAUGCUGACCUGCUCUUCAGCGUGGAGGCCACCGUGGUGGUGAGAGAGGCCAUUGUGGGGAAUGUGACCUGCUCCGUCCUCAACCCCGUCCUGGGCCAGCAGAAGGCCAUGGCCAUUUUCAUCCCAGAGCCCUUCUUCCCGCAGGCCUCUCCCUGGAAGCCAGCGUUUGCUGUGAGCCUGACUGUGAUGGGGCUCCUAUUCUUUGGGGCUGGUUAUUUUCUGCACAGACAACAUUCUGGAAAGCUGCAAAUACAGCAGACACUGAAGAAUCUGAGGCUGGCUAAGGAGGAGGAUAGGAGGAUAAAAGAGCAGGCACAGAAGGCAAAGGAUGAGCUCCAGGCAGAGCUGGGUCAGAGGAAGGCAGCUUACGAGGCUGCCUGGAGGAAGGCACUGCUGUACCCCGACUGGCAGAAGGAACAUUUCCAGCCUUGUGAGUGAUUUCGUGCUUUUGUUUUUGUUUUUCUUUUUGCCCUCCUUGCUGUGCCCAUGGAUGCUGGCCUCCCUUCAUUUUUUCUAUGAUGAUACAAAUUUUGGCAUUGUCAUUCGUGUGGGGCGGGUGAGGGUUAAUGAUAUCAAAGCCGCUUCUCAAGGGCCUAGCGCCAUACCUGCCUCCCAACACAUGGCUUCUUCUCUUUGGAGGCCUUAAAUUUGUGUCACAGGUGCUUAUCUCAGGGGGCCUCCCCUCCCUCUGUUGUAGCCAAAUGGCUGUGACAGGUUUGACUUGGGGUUGGCUGUGUGCCUUAUUUAGGGAGGGAGGGACCUUGGGUGAUUGACAGUUCUUUCUCUCCAGUGUCUGUCACUGUAGAUCCAAAUCUGCCCACGAAAGCAUCUGCAUCUCUCAUGGAAACUCAAGUCUCACCUUCGAGCACCCGGGUGGGGAUUAUCUUUGCAGCGUGUUGGGCCAUGAGGGCAUCACGGUAGGAGGGUGCUGCUGGGAGGUGGAGAUUAUGAGUAGAGAGAAUGGUGAGUAGGCCCUGGGAGUCUGCAGGGAAGAUGCCAACAGGGCAGACUGGUAUCGAGAGAUGGUGGACAAGGGGUUCUGGGUUGUGGGAUGGGUGGAAACUGGACACUUCUCCUAGGUUAAACCCAAUACUGUGGUUCCUUGGGAGCCAUCUAAGGCCUGCUGGGGGGUGGGGGUUUUCCUGGACUACAGUGAAGGGGACCUCUCCUUCUAUGACAUGACUGCGGGGUCCCACAUGUUCUCUUUCCUGCAGGAUCCCUUUUCCAGGACUCUCUUUCCAUACUUUAGCUUUAAACGUGGAACUGUGUCUUUGACCAUCUGCCCCCCUGAGAGUGGUCCUUUUCACCCUGCACCCUUUCACAAUUGUCCUUCUUUCAAGGAGACCCUGAAGUCCUCUGGGGAAGGACUGGGCUCAGUUUCUGAGGAGGGUGAAGUUGCACCAGGGGCAGAAUCUCCCUUACUCUCCAGGGACCUGGGAGCUGUAAUCCCAUAGAAUCCCUGGCAUCCAUGUGCCCUUCAGCUAUUCCUGGGUCUGAGGGCUCCCUCUUGAAAAAGGCUCUGGAUGAAGCCUGGCUGCCCCACUAACUUCCUAUUCUGGGUUCAGACUCUCUGUUAUGUGGUCCCAGAGUUAUCAGCUCUUGUUUUUGUGCACAAAAUGCUCUUAAUCCUAACUACAGUGAUUGUAAAUAGCAGCAGGUAUUCAAUGGUAUUUCAUGGAGUUCUCUGUUGUUUGUAUAAAAACAGGACUGAGGGCUGGAUUGUUGUGCAAAACCAAGGGGAGCUCACUUUAUUGGUCUUGAGUGAUGCCUAUGGACUCCUAGCCUGAGGGUGGGGCCCAAUCUCCUUCUGCAGACUUUCUCUCUCUAAUCCUGAAGCUUUGUCAGCUAUACAUUUCCAGGGAUGGGAAUGAGCAAUCAAAGUUUCACAGGACAGGAAUCUAAUACUCAAAGCCUUAUGCUUCUUCUUUUGGAUGAUGACUAUUUUUCCAAACCUCAGUGUAUUUUUCUUACCAGUGAGAGAGCUGUUCUGUAUUAAUCCCAAACAGUUUACCCUGAGGGUCACAUGGGCAAUGAGUUUGUUUACCUACUGAGUAUCCUGAGUGUCGGUCCCUUGGGCAGGUUUUCACAAGGAUACUAUUUAUUUUAUACGAAUUAUGCUUUGCAUAUUUUUUAAAAUUGAGGUUUGUUUCUAGUGAAAUCUAAUAAAUCUGUUUAUUUUCUCAUUUAAUUCAUGUUGAAUUAGAUUUUUUGAUUUUUUGGUACUGAACUCACAACCUCACGCUUGCCAGGCAGGUGCAUAUGCUGCUGAGUCAAACCCCUGGCCCUCAUGUUUAGUUUGUGAAAAAUAGUUUCCGGUGGGUCA